AGCCAUACGUCUCCAGACGAAGAAGAAGCUGUUACGACACUGAGGUUCGCUUUACGGAUCACGCAGCGUUCCUGGCUACCUGGUGCUGGUCCGGUGUUCACAGCAGAUGAAACAUAAUUUGUCGGCUGUUUUUAGUCUCUAAGUUUAAUACCCGAGCCCAGAACAGGAGCUCCUCUCCGUCCGUCCACCGGUUCUGACCCGGUCCGCUCGCUGGAGAGAAAUGGCGGCUCAGGGAGGAGUUCUGUUCCAGGAGAAGGUCAGCAGGCUGCUCAGCAGGGAGAACGGGAAACCGGUGCUGAAGCCCAACAGACCGCUGAUCCUGAAGGACUCUGUGGGCAACAGGAAACCCAGGAAAGGAGAGGCUUCCUGCGUCACUGAGAUGUCCCUACUGAUGGCCUGUUGGAAGCAGAACAACUUUGUGGACAGCCUUUGCUCUAAUGAGAUCAACACCUUCUACACGUGUGUUCACAAAGCGGAGGUGAGUCUG